UUAUACGAUCUGGAGAUUUAUUUUCAAGCAAGGAGAUCAAUGGAAAUAAUAUGUGUAUGUUAAUUCAAGAGUUAGCUUUACUGGGUUGUCUUUGAUAAGCCAUCAACUUUGUUUCGUUUUGAAUAAUUCACUGGCAUUAACUUUAAACCAAGGUGUAUGUUCUUGAAGUGCUGUGUUUUUUGUGGGAGUGGAUUUUUUCUUAAAGGGUUUUCAGUGAUUCUAUAAACCUGUGUUUUUCUCAAUGACUCUGUGUCCUGCUGAUUAGAGGGGGUUAGUUGUUGUCACAUGGAGAUUGAACAGUUUUUGGAGCUGGGUGACCAGAUCUUCAAUGGUGUUUUAAGUGCAUUCUUUAAUUCAGAGAGAGUCAGAGAGUACUUUCUUGCAUUUACACUUGCGUAUUUUUGUACAUUAUUUAUUUAGAGGAGCAACUUGAGUGAGUUGGUGCUUAAUUGUUUACAUCCCAGAUUAAGUUCUUAAUCUUGGUCUUGAUUUUUAGUUGUAUGGAAUUUGAUAUGAAGUUUGCACUCGCCCAUCUUUUACCUGAGGUUUUUAACCUAAAAAAUAAUGAAAGAGAAGGCAGAUCGAAUGUGGUCGGAUAAUUUUUAAGUUGCCAGUGGAUGUUUAUCUGAGAAAUGAGAGUUACAGGAAGAGUUAAUGAAUCAGACAAACAUAACAUGGUUGAACUUAGAAGUGCUGAGAGGGAGAGCUUGAAGUUGAUUCUGCAUCAGAGGUGCCCAGAAGUAGAUUUGGAAAGGGACCUGUGAUUUGUGCAACUUGGACGGAUAGAUCAAGAUCUGACCUAUAGAAAGCACCUGAUAGAUUUGUAUAAGUGGCAGGAAGCAUAAAGUGGGCUUCAAGUUGCUAUAUUUAUUUAAACCUGUCCGGCAUCAUAUUUAGAAGACAGGUAACGAUUUAGCCUCCCAAGGAGCCCGUAAUCCUGGAAUUGAGUAGUUGUUGAUAUGCUUCCAUAGUGCAACGAUUCAGUGAAGGUAUUGCAGAUGGCUUUUUAUUCCGAGGAGGAAAAAACUGAAGAUUACCUUUUCAAGAUUGUUUUGAUCGGUGACUCAGCUGUUGGGAAAUCGAAUUUGCUUGCAAGAUUUGCGAGAGAUGAGUUCUACCCUAAUUCAAAGUCAACUAUAGGAGUAGAGUUCCAAACACAAAAAAUGGACAUUAAUGGAAAAGAAAUCAAAGCGCAGAUCUGGGACACAGCAGGUCAGGAGCGAUUCAGAGCUGUCACAUCUGCAUAUUACCGAGGUGCAGUUGGUGCUCUUCUUGUGUAUGACAUCAGUAGGCGCCAGACUUUCGAUAGUAUUGGCAGAUGGCUUAACGAGCUUCACACACACUCAGACAUGAACGUAGUUACCAUAUUAGUCGGGAACAAGUCUGAUCUCAAGGAUGCUAGGGAGGUACCGACUUCUGAAGGCAAGGCAUUGGCAGAGGCACAAGGUCUAUUUUUCAUGGAAACAUCAGCUCUUGAUUCAUCCAACGUGGCUGCAGCCUUCGAAACAGUUGUUAAGGAGAUAUACAAUAUAUUAAGCCGGAAAGUUAUGAUAACACAAGAGAUUAAGAAGCAAGAUCCGAGCUCUCUGAGCAAUGGGAAGACUGUUAUGUUGCAGGGAGAUGAGAAUCAAGAAGAGACUAAAAAAGGUGGGUGUUGUACAUCUUGAAACCAAACUAGAGUAUAACUUAUGCAAAGGUAAGAUUCUUCCUUUUGCUAGUUCCAACCUAGCUAGAAUUUGGCAUUAUAUAUAUAUAUAUAUAUAAAUUCACCCCCAGCCCAUCAUAUUUCUUCUCCAUUGGUUCAAUUAUUUGAUAUUGUUGGAAUGUUGAACUAGUGAGAUUGGGUUUGUUGUUCAUGAUUAAAUGUUGUGGUUGAAGAAGAUGAGAACUCUUUAAGUAGCAAAUGUAAAUGACUUUGAAGGGGAGUAGAAAAGUUAUAUUUACACUUUCUCAAAUUUCAUGUUUCUUUUUGGUA